AUGCCAUCCAUACAUCCAAUCGACAGGCCUAUCAUUCGAGGUGGCCAUGACCAGGCUCGCCCGACUAUCAAUGAACCGCUCAUAUAUUCCGGGUCUCUUGACGAUAUUCAAUAUAGAGACCUGACACCGGUCAUUGGUCGAGAAUACACGGGUUUGCAAAUCGCGCAAGUGUUGGAUUCAGAAGAUCGUGAUCGCCUGAUCAAGGACAUUGCGACAAUCGUUUCUGAAAGGGGUGUGGUGUUUUUACGAAGUCAAGAUGUUACGCAUCUCCAAAUGAAAGAUUUCUGUGAAAGACUUUCCACUCUUGCCGGAUGCCCUCAAAGUUCCUCACUGCAUAUCCAUCCGUUGACAGAGGAGGGAAGCGAGCUAGGCGACCAAAUUAGCCUUAUAAGCAGUGAGAAACAGAAGAAAGGCGGCGGUCUUACUCAUCAACUCAGCGAUACAUCUCGUUUCGCUUCUGUAGGAUGGCAUGCCGAUAUAACAUUUGAGAACGUCCCAUCCGAUUAUGCCAUUCUCAAAAUCCAUACUUUGCCCGAAACAGGAGGGGACACCCUCUGGGCGUCUGGGUACGAAGUUUAUGAUCGUCUAUCUCCGUCAAUGGCACAGUUCUUGGAAGGACUUACAGCUACCCAUGAUGCCACGUUCUUCCAUGAUGAAGCUAGGCGACUCGGUAACCCGUUGCGAGAGGGUAUUAGGGGCUCGCCGUUGAACUCUGGACCCUCUCUUACUACAGUUCACCCUGUUAUUCGCACCAAUCCCGUAACGGGUUGGAAGUCCGUCUUUGUGAAUAAAGGCUUUACGAAGCGAAUAAAUGGCGUCACCAAGGAUGAGUCGGAUAUACUAUUACAAUACCUUUUCAACCUUGUUACUCAGAACCAUGAUGCUCAGGUUCGGUACAAAUGGAAUAAGAAUGAUGUCGCUAUUUGGGACAACCGGUCCAACUGGCAUUGCGCAACAUACGAUUAUGAUGAAACUAGAAUUGGUGACCGAGUAUGUAGUCUCGGUGAAGCACCAUAUCUCGACUUGACUUCCCAGUCAAGGCGACAGGCUUUGGCUCAGAAACCAUGA